AUGCCCUCUUGGAUGACGAUAGCCGACCAUCUAAAAGAUGCCGAAGUGCAAUUUCUCACAUCGCGUACUGCCGCUUCACGGGACCGGUCAAGAGCAUCGUCUUCAGCUACACUUGGUCGAGAAAGCGAUGAAGAAGAAGACCCAGGAGUAGAGGAUUUGGUGGAAUUGUUCGACGAAGAAGUCAUUGACCUCACUGGACACGAUUUGGAAGUUGGCGCCAACAGUCUGCUUCGCCAAGGCGAAUUGUCCAUAGAGAGAUAUCGUGAGCCUUCGUUGGGCGCUACAUUGACUCGUGGAGAUUUCAUAGAGGUUCAUGAUGUUCAGCUUGGAACCUACGAGAUCGAUUUCGUCAAAAUCCAGAUCAUUGCUCGCGGUCAAAAUGGCGACUACAACAUUCGUGGUGUCCCCUUUGUGCGGACGAGGAAAUUACAGGGACAGGUCCAAAAAAAGGUCAACGAGAUAUGCAUGAUACUUCAUGUUCAGAGGCAAAAUGAUGGAAACGAGCUGCCAGCAAUUUCUGUCAGCAUCCCUUCUACUUCGAUUGUCAAAAAAAGAGAUGUCAUCUUCACCAACUCGAUUUACCCAGAACACUGUUGCACAGGAAGCCCUGCUCUUAGCGAAAAUCUGCGACAGCGGCGAGCUGAGCAAAAUAGCAGCCUUGUAUGCCGAUGGAAGUUUACGAUAUACUUCACCAUGCACAAUCACAGUCGAGCUACCAGACCUGAAGAAGAAGUUCUUGAGCGCGUCCAGCUAGACGAAGUACCAAUGCCCAAGUAUCGCGUAUCGAACGAGACUCUGUGCAACCGAUGGCGCGGCGGACGUAUUAAGGGAGGAUCGUGGCCACAGAGCGGAACAAACAUCAUCGACUUGGAAAGCCGGCCUUUGUCUACCGACUCAAGCUGCGCCACACAAAGCAGAAGGAUAGGUCAAAAGUAUACCCUUUUUGAUUCCUUCUCUGGGGCAGGAGGGGUAUCUCGCGGCGCUCAGAGCGCUGGAUUCAAGGUCCAAUAUGCCGUGGAUAAGUGGUCUGAUGUCUAG